ACCAAUUUUUAAGAGGAGCACUUCCAUAUUGAUCAAACAAGUAAUCAUAUUUCUGCGUGUGACGUAAAAUGGGCGAUGAUGAUAACGCGUGUGUGAGAAAUAUUGUCAAAGAAAUUAUUCGGGAAUGUUUUCCAAAACAAAUCCAAGUUCAUAAAAAUUUUGUAACAUAUCUGACCAAAUUGCUUCUAAUGGAUCCCAAUUGGGGUAUAAGUGAAGACUUUUUCGUCCGAAGGGAAAACGUGCAAAAGUUCGUCGGAUACGUGCUGGAAGAGAUGUUAGAAAAGCAGGAUCGACCCUUAGUAUGCACCCUCAAAAUCCAGUUUUAUUUUGACUGCAACUUAAAACAUGUGGAUUACGUGAUCGAAACAAAUCGAAAUGAUAUUCGGAAUCGUCUGGCUAGGCUAAAAGACGACAUAUUUUGCUCACAGAAUGUAUCCGACAAAGAAGAAUUGGAUAAACUAUUCAGGAAGAUCGUUUAUUAUAUAACAUUGAUAUCAGGCUUGGGCAAUCCUACUCAAACACGGGUAUUUCAGGAAGUUUCGUCAGCACUUAAAAGUGCAUUAGACGAUGAUGAAUUGAAAGCCUUCAUGAGGUCUUCGAAAAUAUCGAAACACGAAUUAAUGGAGCAAUUAAUUAAAGUCGUGGCUGGCAUUCGAUUGUUUAAUAAGGACUGCGGCAAAGGCGGCGAGGGUAUUGAAAACUUGCCAGAACUGCUUAAUAAAGCUAUAGAUGUAAUCAAGGAGGGACUUCAAAUGACUCUUCUAAAUGUAAUGGAGAAAGUGAAUACGUUGACUACUAUCAUUGACCGAUGCUACGUUUCCAAGAAGACUUAUGACCAAUUCGAGAUGUUAUUUGAAAUCCCAAAAAAUAUUGUCGAUUUCGUCGCUGGAUUUGAUAUUGAAUAUACGAAAGACCUAUUGGUGUUUUUCAGACAAUACGAGUUGAUUGUGAGGGGCAUUCUUGAACAACUAGACAUUUUAGCGCAUAAAGCAGACAGUAUAUUUAAGGCCAUGGAGAAGGUUUUAAAACAUAUUCACGAAACAGUGUUUAUGCGCGUAGCUGUAACCAUUCAAGUGGUGUUCCCUCUUUUCGAACAACUCUCGAAUAUUUGGUUCCAACUGCAGGAUCAAGUGUUGCUUUUAUCGAGAAUUAAUCAAAUUAUCAGUAACCUGGAACUGUAUGCGAAACAACCCAACUAUAGUACUUCUAUGAUUCACGAAAUUCUUGGAGCAAACGGCGCGCUUACCGAUGCUCAAAGACUCGAGAAAACAGCCCAUUUAAAAAUUCGGUCGGAAAACCCUGAUAUCGAAAUACUGUCGGUUGAGGAUUUCAGGAAUUUUGACAAGAUUGACUUGGAAUAUCUCGGCUUUUGUUGUUGGAAACUUAUUGAAACCGAUGGAGCACUAAUUCCCGGAAAUCCCAGUAUGGGUAUAGCAAGAUAUAAAGGCAAAAAUUUCGUUUUUUCAUGUGAGGAGGGGUGUUCGAUGUUUUCUAAAAACCCGGAUAUUUUUGUCAAUCGUGUUUUGGAUCUCGCGAGGAGAAAGCCUCAAUUAGUAAAUUUUCUGCAAUUGCAGGAUGCUCUGGAGAAAGUGUAUGGAGUCGAAAAGUUAGUUCAAGAGACAACGAAAACAAAACUUUGCGAAGACAAAAUUGUACAAACUUUAGAUCAGGUCGAAAAUCAAAUUGAUGCAGAAUACACAUGGAAUAUUUGGGAACUCAAAAGAGAAGCUUUGAACUUGGCUGCUUUGCUAAAAUGCAAAACGACCUCCUCCCAAACCGACAAAGUUUCUAGUACAAACUCCAUUAAAACUCAAACUUAUUCCUACAAAGACGUCAGCCAACAGUGCAGCAGAGAUAACUACACAAACGUUCCUGCACGGCGCAAUUUUAUCUAUGGACUGAGAGGUCGGAAAAGUGCAAGACAAUUCUUAAUCGAACUCACUACACCGAUAACGGAGUAACCAAUAGCUGACAACUGGGGAU